CCGCACUGCGUCCCGCGCGGGCGGGGGUCACGUCUGCCGCUCGCCUAGGGGCGCACGGUAAUCAGACGUGCUGCAGGACCCAGAGGUCGGCUCCAGGCCGGCUCUCGAGCCGACCAGGGACGUGAAGAGAGUGGGAGCCCGGGCGGCCCUUCCCGGCGCGGCCGCGCUGGUCCGGCCAGUCCUCGCCGCCGCCCAGACUUGCCCUCCAGCCCGUGGGGCCGCCGGGUCCGGCGCUGCCUCGCCGACACUCACUUUCCGUCCGCCUUCCUGCCGGGUGUGCAGUUCCUGUUUUCCUUUUGCAGUUUAAUUCUCACAGUCCUAAGAAGCACUUGCCCAGGAUCACACCCCUGGUAUGCGGAGACUGAAUGAUAUUGGAAACUCAAGAUGUCUGACUCCAAAGCCUGGUUUUACAAAAGAGACGAACUGUUCUACUUCUUCUAAGUUCAUUCCAGUUUUUUCUAUAAAUCAAAACAUCUCAAAAUGGAGGCCUAAAACUCUUAAAAGGGACUUAGUCUAAUCUCCGGGAGGUAGUUUUGUGCAUGAAUAAACAAAGUAGUUAACAGGAGUUUUUGGUAUCCAAAGAAUGUUAAUUUUUAAAAUAUGAUCUGGUUAUAAGAGGUAUAACUAUAAAGUAAUAAUAAGUUUGAUUCUGAAUUUGAUUUGUGGAUAUAAAGAAAUGAUUGUAGCUGGGACAUAUUGUUGAACUACUUUUUUCAAAGUUGGCCAGGAAGUUUCCCACUGGCUGCUGUGUAGAAUAGAAAAAAGUACCUGUGUUUGGUAAAGAUUUAAAAAUGAGUGACAGUUAUCUGGAACAAAGAGUUAAUAUUCAACCCUCUGCUAAAUUAGAGAAACAUGCAUAUAAAACCUUUGGUAUGUUAAAAGAUUUCUGCAAUGACAAAGAAAUGUCAAGAACAAAACUUUUUGAUAGGUGCAACAAAUUUAGAGCAAGUAUGAAAGAUAAAUAUGAUGAUUGGUAAAGAAAUUAACCAUUUAUAAGACUGUUGAUAUUUUGAAAGUCAAAACUUUAGUUUGUUCAAAUGGGCUGUUAUUUCUGAGAAUAAUUAGAAUGAGAAUGAUGACUGGAUGGUUACAUUUUGGUAAAUGAACAAACUUAUUCCAAAAGAAAAUUCACACAGAGACAGUAGUAACACCAAGAAUGAAAGGAAUACUGAAGUUAGACAUAAUAAUUUACCUCUGAGGGCAAUUAUCACUGGUACUUAGAUAUGUUUCUACUCCCACCUGGAAAUAAAGCAUUGAAGUCUGCAGUCAAAAGCCCCAACAUAUGUGGGACCCAGGAAGCAUGCUUGCAAAAUACUUCUAGAAAAAAAAACCAUGUUGACUUGUUUAUUGGUUAUUACUGACAUUAUUGACACAGAACCUACUUACUAAUAGCUACUUAUAAUUGAGAAAUUCUGAACUUUGAGAUCUCUGCUGUUCAAAAGAAGUGGAUUGUGACAAAAUAAAUUUAUUAUUUUUUGUCAUGAUAAAUUCUGGUUCAAGGUAUGCUAUCUGUGAAAUAAUUUCUGACCAAAGCCAGAUUUUUUUAUCCUUUUUUUUUUUUGAUUAUUUAUCUUAGCUUGCAGACUCAGCACUCUGACUUUUGACUGUUUUUAAAAGUAAAUCCAUUAUCAGGAGAUUUGAUGUUGGUUCUCAACAGCAUGAAGCUGAGUCUAAAAGACCAAGUGAGCAAAUAUAUUCAUCUCUGAUAAUUUAUUUGAAAUGCAAUGUUUAAUUUGCUAAGAUCUAGUGGUAUUGCUAUGACUAAGCAAUCCGGUACCUGUCUAUGGGAAGUAAUUAUUAUUUAAUAAAUCUUGAAACCAGGUCUUGAGAUGUAUGAACCAAUUCUGUUACUACUUAAGCUCUUUAUUUGGAAGAAAAUUUUGAAUUGUUUUGUUCUCCCUAAUAAAAUUGUUGUAGGAAGAAAAAUUAAUUUGAGCAAGAUUUUGGAUAGACUGUAUUUCAUUGAAUCUAAGAUGUCAUCAUUUGUAAAGCACACCAUUAUUUUAUGUACCUCUAAGAAAUAAAAAUGCUGUUAAUUAAAAUGUGACAUGCCAUUCAUUAAUUGUAAGAUACCUCUCCAUAGCAGAGAUAUUAAAACAUGCAUCUUAGAAUCAGUGAAAUAUGAUAGUCCAUUCUUUUCCUCUUUUGAGGUAGGUCUUAUGCUUUUUUUUUCUGGCUACAAAAUUUCACAAUUUAAGAAAAGCAAAAUAAACAUAGUUUGAAUAUUUUUGUGUGUAUAGAACACUUACACAGCAUAGCUUUCCGCCGAAACAAACUAGCUAUGUGAGACAUUUUAUCUUCAGGCUGACUGGAUGUCACUGAAGCGUACUAGUGGAGAGGGUGACCUACCUGUGGAGAUAUCUGACACUAAAUGGCAUCUUGAUGACCUAAAGCACUCUACACUUUUAUGAAUGGUUUUAAUUUUCAUCGCAAGGUACUGUGUAGUAUCAUGUUUACAUUGUAUGCAAGAGUAUACAAAGGUGCAGGUACAUAACUGGCCCUUAAAAUGUAUCAAUAUAAGAUUUAGAAUCUUGCCAUGCUAUAACCCUAAAUGCAUAGAAGAAAAAAGAAUGAAAGAUUUCCUGUUCUAAGUGUUCAAUCUAGUACUAAAAUUAAUAAAAAUCAAAACCCAUGCACAAAACUACCUCCCCAGAGAAAGGCUAGUCCCUUUUCCUCCCCAUCCAUUUCAUUAUGAACAUAGUAGAAAAUAGCGUAUUCUUGUCAAAUUUGAUGAAAAGUGCCAACAUAUUUGAAUUGAAGUAUGACUUUUCAUGUGAGCUGUACCGAAUGUCUACCUAUUCGGCUUUCCCCUCUGGUGUUCCUGUCUCAGAAAGGAGUCUUGCUCGUGCUGGUUUUUAUUAUACUGGUGUGAAUGACAAGGUCAAAUGCUUCUGUUGCGGCCUGAUGCUGGAUAACUGGAAACAAGGAGAUAAUCCUAUUGAAAAGCAUAAAAAGUUGUAUCCUAGCUGUAGCUUUGUUCAGAAUCUAAAUUCAGUUAACAUCUCGGGAGCCACUUCUCAGCCUACUUCUCCUUCUUCAGUAACAAAUUCCACGUACUCAUUACUUCCAAGUUUGGAAAACAGUGGCUAUUUCAGUGGCUCUUAUUCAAGCUUUCCAUCAAAUCUUUUAAACUCUGGACCAAAUCAAGAUUUUUCUGCCUUGAGGAUAAGUCCCUACCGUUGUGCAAUGAAUACCGAAAAAGCCAGAUUACUUACUUUCCAGAUGUGGCCAUUGACUUUUCUGUCACCAACAGAUCUGGCAAAAGCAGGCUUUUACUACAUAGGACCUGGAGAUAGAGUGGCCUGCUUUGCCUGUGGUGGAAAAUUGAGCAACUGGGAACCGAAGGAUGAUGCUAUGUCAGAACACCUGAGACAUUUCCCCAACUGCCCAUUUUUAGGAAAUCAGCUUCAAGGCACUUCAAGAUACACUGUUUCUAAUCUGAGCAUGCAGACAUAUGCAGCCCGCUUUAAAACAUUCUGUAACUGGCCUUCUAGUGUUCCAGUUCAUCCUGAGCAGCUUGCAAGUGCAGGUUUUUAUUAUAUGGGUCACAGUGAUGAUGUGAAAUGCUUUUGCUGUGAUGGUGGGCUGAGGUGUUGGGAAUCUGGAGAUGAUCCAUGGGUGGAACAUGCCAAGUGGUUUCCAAGGUGUGAGUACUUGAUACGAAUUAAAGGACAAGAGUUCAUCAGUCGAGUUCAAGCCAGUUACCCUCAUCUACUUGAACAGCUGUUAUCUACUUCAGACAAUCCAGAAGAUGAAAAUGCAGAGUCACCAAUUAUUCAUUUUGGACCUGGAGAAAACCAUUCAGAAGAUGCAGUCAUGAUGAAUACGCCUGUUGUUAAAGCUGCUUUGGAAAUGGGCUUUAGUAGAAGGCUGGUAAAGCAGACAGUUCAGAGUAAAAUCCUAGCAACUGGAGAGAAUUACAAAACUGUCAGUGAUCUUGUAUUAGAUUUACUUAAUGCAGAAGAUGAAAUAAGGGAAGAGGAGAAAGAAAGAGCAACUGAGGAAAAAGAAUCAGAUGACCUAUCAUUAAUCCGGAAGAAUAGAAUGGCACUUUUUCAACAUUUGACUUGUGCGCUUCCAAUCCUGGAUAGUCUACUAACUGCCAGAGUGAUUAGCGAGCAAGAAAGUGAUGUUAUUAAACAAAAAACACAGACAUCCUUACAAGCAAGAGAACUGAUUGAUACUAUCUUAGUAAAAGGAAAUUUUGCAGCCACCAUAUUCAAAAACUCUCUACAAGAAAUUGACCCCAUGUUAUACCAGCAUUUAUUUGUGCAACAAGACAUAAAAUACAUUCCCACAGAAAAUGUUUCAGAUUUACCAAUGGAAGAACAAUUGAGGAGACUACAAGAAGAAAGAACUUGUAAAGUGUGUAUGGACAAAGAAGUGUCCAUAGUGUUUAUUCCUUGCGGUCAUCUAGUGGUUUGCAAAGAUUGUGCCCCUUCUCUAAGAAAAUGCCCUAUUUGUAGAGGUACAAUCAAGGGUACAGUUCGUACAUUUCUUUCAUGAAGAAGAUCUAAAACUUUGUCUAAACUUUAGAAUUAGUGGAUUACAUAUAUUGUAAUUUUAACUUUGAUACUGAUUUGGUUUCUUUAAGAUAUCUUAUUUAUUUACAACAAUUUUGUUUUAUAUAAAUAUUUAUCUAAAACAUGAACAUACAUAUUUUAUGUAGCAUGGGAAUGAUAGGCUUUUGUUUUUGUGAACAAAAAACAGGGCUAGCACUAUAAGCACAAUACUAAAUGAAAAUUUCAGCACUAUUGAAAAUGUAAGUGAAGUAAAAUUUAAGAUUUUGAACUGAACUUUCAGAAUUUUAAAUAUUUUGGAGCUGUAUUAAGGAUCAGGAACAUGGAUUCUCUUCCUUUUUCCAUCAAUGUCCUAUACAUAGAAGGUCUUGAUGUUUGUUGAAUGACUUUUUCAGGACAUGAUGUUUUUGUAAAGAAUUCUGUGAGGAACAUUUUAAUAAAGCAUUCAAAAUUA